AUGUCUUCUGUGACUUUUUUGGAAAAAUAUGACGAAAUAUUACAUUUCAGCUACGGCCUUUCGACAGGAAAGCCAUCCGAAAAGAACAUAUAUGCUGAUAUCAGAUCCGUAUAUGAUUUCGUAAUUCAAACGCGACGUGAUAAGAAGAUUGUGCUGCUUGGGUACAGUCUUGGUACAGCAGCUGUCACAGACCUGGCUGCUAGUGAUCCUGCAAGAGUCGUAGGGGUCGUGCUUGUUGCACCAUUUACAAGCGGCAUUCGUCUUUUCAGUAACCAGCCUACAAGAAACGAAAGCAGCAAGCUCGACAGGUUUUUAAUAUUUGAAAAGGUGCAUCGCAUCAAAGUGCCGGUAUUGGUAUGUCACGGUUAUCGUGACGAUGCGAUACCUGUUGAACAUGGGCUGGAGAUUCAAAGAAGAUCCAAACGAGCCGUACCGCCACUAAUUCUCCCUGAAGCCGACCAUGUAUCCAUAUUCAAUGGGAAAUUUCUUCACACGUACGUACGGAUACGAGAGUGA